AGAUGUGGGCGAAAUAGGUUCUGUUGGAGAUAUAGGAGAACGAGGUGAACAGGGCAAAAUAGGUUUAAAGGGCGAUCGAGGUGAAUAUGGUAUUCCUGGAAAAGAGGGAAAUGCUGGUCUUCCUGGUAAAAACGGCGCGGCAGGUGAAAGGGGUGACGUUGGUCCACAGGGUGCUCAAGGAAACAUCGGAAGACCAGGAAAUAUGGGACCGCCUGGACCUGUAGGAUUAAUAGGUCAGGACGGAGGACAAGGUCCAAGGGGUGCUAUAGGAGCCGCGGGACAGCUGGGAGAGCGUGGAGGGAAAGGAGAAAUGGGACUUGUGGGUUCCGCUGGCAGGCCAGGCCAACCAGGAACUAGAGGACGGAAGGGAGCAAGAGGUGAAAAUGGAAAGCAAGGGGAAACCGGUGACCAAGGAAACAGGGGACAGCCAGGUGAUAGUGGUUUAGCGGGAUUGCACGGAACUCAAGGAAAGACGGGAGAAAAAGGAGAUACAGGAAUAAAAGGUCGUACAGGCUACGGAGGUCAAACGGGUCCCACGGGAGAGAUAGGGCUGCAGGGACCAAUAGGACUUCAAGGAGUCAAAGGUCCGAGUGGAGAAGAUGGAACUUUGGGUGAAGGAGGAGAACCAGGAGAACAGGGAAGUGCAGGACCAACUGGUGGAAAGGGAGAAACUGGUAGUAGAGGUCAAGAGGGCGUGUCAGGACUCCCUGGAGCUAAGGGGAUUCCGGGAGAGCCUGGACAAUUGGGUGAUCCUGGAUCUAAAGGAAUUUCUGGCGUGCCGGGACAAAAUGGGUUGAAGGGAUCUGCCGGUGAUGUUGGUACUCCAGGUUCCAAAGGUGAAUCAGGAUUUCCCGGCUCUGUUGGCUCAGUUGGGAACCCUGGUUCGGCAGGACAAAACGGUGUCCAGGGCCCUGCGGGGGUACCCGGCUCAGUUGGACCCUCUGGCAAUAAAGGACCAAUUGGACUGAUUGGUGGCCGAGGAUCAGCUGGAAAGAUUGGGAAUCAGGGAUCAAAGGGCGAAAGAGGAGACCCAGGAAGUGACGGUGAAGAUGGCUCUUCGGGAAAACAGGGCAAUAUUGGACCUCCUGGAAGGAACGGAAAGCGCGGAGACAAGGCGGAUGAGGGCUCCCCAGGAAAGAAAGGACCCAAAGGAGCCACCGGCAAACGCGGCGAAAAGGGCCUUCCUGGGUCAACCGGUAUGGCAGGUAUCUCUGGUCUACCAGGAGCCAAAGGAAUAUCGGGAUCCCCCGGGUAUCGAGGAUCCGCGGGAAGUUAUGGAAGUGACGGUUUGGAUGGACCGAUGGGUGACACAGGGUUGCUUGGGCGACAGGGGACAAAGGGAGAGACUGGUGAACAGGGAGAAGCUGGCGAGAAAGGAAUAUCGGGAGAAAAGGGUGACAGAGGUGGUAGAGGCGAGCAAGGCCCCAUGGGAUUUGAUGGUCCACAGGGCCCCCCAGGCGAAAUCGGUCUCCCGGGACCAAUGGGACAACUUGGAGAGCAGGGUCCAGAUGGCAUAGGAGGAAGCCAGGGAACUCCCGGACGGCAGGGAGCUAUUGGUCUGUCUGGCUCAUUAGGACUCAUUGGAGACAAAGGAAAAGCGGGACCACAGGGGCGAGACGGCCUUCAGGGACCCUCAGGCCCGCCCGGUCCCCCUGGACCUCCGGCCGAUCUCUCCGGAUUGAUCUCACAGCAGCGCUAUGGUUUCCUUGACGAUCCUCAGCCUCAAAGCAACACAAAGUCCGCCCUCUACAGAAGUACUUUACUUAGAACCCCAGAAGGCGGUGACUCCACAAAUGCUGGCAUGGAUAUUAAUCCACUCUUUGAAGUCAUUAGCGCUAACGUUCAGUCGUUCAAGACAUGCAGACGUUAUUUGAAUACCAGGAGUCACCCAUCCAGAACCUGCCGAGACCUGAAACAGCUUAAACCCAAUGUUACCAAUGGUCAUUACUGGAUCGAUCCAAAUGAAGGACCACCCGAUGAUGCAGUAAAGGUCUAUUGUGAUUUUGCCUUGAGCGCAACUUGUAUUUAUCCAAACAAAAGCAAGACAGGAAAUAAAAAGUGGUUCUCGGGAAAUGACGGAUACAAGUGGUUUGCAAAGGAAUUUGAUGAUCGUCUACAGGUACAGAUCUUGAUUAAAGUUGUAAGAGGGUCAGUAAUUAUUAUAACAGAAUGUUAUAAUUGAAAUCCAGUGGAUCGGGUGAGUUCACCGAGGUAAUACGUGAAAAAUGGCGUCUCUAAUGACGGCUAGUGACUUAGGUUAAUAACGGCUCCCCGAGAGUAACGUUAAAUUUUUACCUCCCUAUUGAAUCCCUUAUAGGUAGGAAUUUUUAAAUCAUUGUAAUUAUGUAUACACAUAUUUUUUUUUGUGACUUUUUACAUAUUGUAACUUUGUAUUGUUCAUACCUUGUAUUAUACCUAGUUAUUUAAUAAUUACUCGUAGUUUUUUAGCGCAGAGGGCCACUAGUUUAUCAGUUUAUACUGUCAUGUGUCACCCUCUCUAAAUAAAGUUGAUU